UUCUGCUGGGAGUCGUGGGGUGGGAACUGUAAGGCAACCUGAUUUAGCCUCUAGAGCGAUCCAGAUUCUUCGUUGCGCGACUUCGCUGGGGGCUUAGGAACAAGCGCAGCAUAGAGCUAUGUCUUCGUCGCCUCUCCAGACCUUCUCUUGACGGCUCCCGCGCCCGGGCCAUGUGGACCCUCACGGGCCGGAGCUGCUGGCACAGACGCGUGCUCCUCUCCUGUGCCACAGGGCCCGCGCGACCCCAGCUGCCCAGGUUCCGGCCCGCUGCGAGCCACGGGGACGCUGCGGGGUCCUGGGCUAGCGACAGGCUCUGCAGCUCGGCAGGGCACAAGGAAAAACCAGACACAUCUAGAUUUGCUGUUGAAGAUAUCAGAAAUUUCAGUAUCAUUGCACAUGUGGAUCAUGGCAAAAGUACUUUAGCUGACAGGCUGUUAGAACUAACAGGAACAAUUGAUAAGACAAAGAAUAAUAAGCAAGUUCUUGAUAAACUGCAAGUGGAACGAGAAAGAGGAAUCACUGUUAAAGCACAGACAGCAUCUCUUUUUUACAAUUUUGAAGGAAAGGAGUACCUUUUAAAUCUUAUUGAUACACCAGGCCAUGUUGAUUUUAGUUAUGAAGUAUCCAGGUCACUUUCUGCUUGCCAGGGUGUUUUACUGGUGGUCGAUGCAAAUGAGGGUAUUCAAGCCCAAACUGUAGCAAACUUCUUUCUUGCUUUUGAAGCACAGCUGUCAGUAAUUCCAGUUAUAAACAAGAUAGAUCUGAAGAAUGCAGAUCCUGAAAGGGUUGAAAAACAAAUUGAAAAAGUAUUUGAUAUCCCAAGUAAUGACUGUAUUAAGAUUUCUGCUAAACUUGGAACAAAUGUUGAACAUGUUCUUCAGGCAGUUAUUGAAAGAAUACCCCCUCCUAAGGUGCAUCGCAAAAAUCCUCUGAGAGCUUUGGUAUUUGACUCCACCUUUGACCAGUAUAGAGGUGUGAUAGCCAAUGUAGCAUUGUUUGAUGGAGUGGUUUCCAAAGGAGAUAAAAUUGUAUCGGCACAUACUCAAAAGACAUAUGAAGUUAAUGAAGUUGGAGUUCUGAAUCCUAAUGAGCAGCCAACUCUUAAAUUAUAUGCAGGACAGGUGGGCUAUUUGAUUGCUGGGAUGAAAGAUGUCACUGAAGCACAAAUAGGAGAUACCUUGUAUUUACAUAAUCAUCCAGUGGAGCCCUUGCCUGGAUUUAAAUCAGCAAAACCAAUGGUAUUUGCAGGAAUGUAUCCUAUAGAUCAGUCUGAAUAUAAUAACCUGAAGAGUGCCAUAGAAAAACUGACUUUAAAUGACUCCAGUGUGACAGUACAUCGGGAUAGUAGUCUUGCCUUGGGUGCUGGCUGGAGGUUGGGAUUUCUUGGACUUCUGCAUAUGGAAGUUUUCAACCAGCGACUAGAGCAAGAAUAUAAUACUUCUGUUGUUUUGACAACGCCUACUGUUCCAUAUAAAGCUGUUCUUUCAUCAGCAAAACUGAUAAAGGAAUACAGAGAAAAAGAAAUCACAAUAAUCAACCCUGCACAAUUCCCUGACAAAUCAAAAGUAGCAGAAUAUCUAGAGCCACUUGUUCUGGGCACUAUUAUCACACCAGAUGAAUAUACUGGAAAAAUAAUGGUGCUUUGCCAGGCUCGAAGAGCAGUUCAGAAACAUUUGAUAUUUAUUGAUCAAAACAGAGUUAUGCUUAAAUAUCUCUUCCCUUUGAAUGAAAUUGUGGUAGAUUUUUAUGACUCUUUGAAAUCUCUGUCUUCGGGAUAUGCUAGCUUCGAUUAUGAAGAUGCAGGCUACCAGACUGCAGAACUUGUAAAAAUGGACAUUCUCCUGAAUGGAAAUAUUGUAGAGGAGCUAGUAACUAUUGUACACAAAGACAAAGCAUACUCUGUUGGGAAAACCAUAUGUGAACGUCUAAAGGAUUCUCUUCCUAGGCAGCUGUUUGAGAUAGCAAUUCAAGCUGCUAUUGGAAAUAAAAUCAUUGCAAGAGAAACUGUGAAAGCCUAUAGGAAAAAUGUUUUGGCAAAAUGUUAUGGUGGUGACAUCACCCGAAAAAUGAAACUGUUGAAGAGACAAACAGAAGGAAAAAAAAAACUGAGGAAAAUUGGCAACAUUGAAGUCCCAAAAGAUGCUUUUAUAAAAGUUUUAAAAACACAGUCUAAUAAAUAAUUCAGAAUUUGAAACUAUUGUUAAAAACUGUAUUGUUUUAAUAAAAUUUUAUCAUGUGUUGACAAUGAAAACUUUAAAAUUUACUUCUUACUUUCAGGGUUUUCAAGUUUAACCUACUGCCUUUUCCUUCAAAGUCUGCAUGGAUAAGAGGUAGGAUUCAGAAGCCAUAUACUUUCAGAUUUCUGUUCUGCUACUCACUACUCAUCCAAGCAAGAUUACUUACCCUGUAGAACAGUAUACUCAAGAUUACCCUACUUUACCACUGCAGGUUGUUGUAAAAAUUAAAUGAUUAAAUGUGUGAUACACAGUUAAGCACAGUGGAUUUUAACUUUGUCUUCAUUCUGGUUUAAUCCUUACACAAAAAGUCCCUAUAUUGAUGAUUCCCUCUAGUUUAAAUGAAAAGAUUUUCAAUGUCACCAAAGUGUCAGUUGUUAGCUAGAUCAAUUCACCUGAUAUAUAUGAAUCAUUUACUAAAGGAAACUCUUAUUUAAACAUUUGCUAUAGCUUUUAAUAAGAUGUUUAGACAUUUUAUCAAGUGUCAGUUAACUAGAUGGUUUACAGUAUACCUCUAAACUAAGACUAGGGCAGAUGUUGUGUUAUUUCUGCCCAUGGAAAUGCCUUUAUGCAAAAUGAUAGGCAUAUGGUAUUAGUAGCAGGGGCUACAUUAUAUUGUUACCUGAGAUAACACAGCCAGUAAACUGCUGUGUUAAUUCAAAGCAUUUAAUGCCAUUUUCAUUCAGUCAAGAAACCAGCAUGAAGAAUAUGUUACAGAAACAAGAUAUUUAGCUGUUGAUUUUUGUCAUCCACCUUGAAUGAGGAAAAUGUAUUUUAGGGAUAAGACCAUCAGUGAUGAAUUUUAUACUCUGUGUUACAUUGUGGGAUAAUUUUAAUUAUAAAUUAAGAUAGUGAGGAUUAUCUGUAGAGGUAAAUUGUGAAUUAUAAAUUAUAAAUUAAGAUAGUGGAGGGCCAGGGAUUUAGCUCAGUGGUUCAAGCUCCUGAGUUCCAUCUCUGGUACCAAAUUAAUUAAUUAAUUGAGAUAGUGGAGAUUUAAGAUUAUCUGUAGAGGUGAAGUCUAUGGUUUAUCUUACAUAUAUUAAUUAAUCAGUUCAUUUACUUUUCCGUUCUUGCCCUAAAAGAACACUGAUGAAAUAUGGAGCUCCAUGACAAUAGUAUUUUCAAAAAUGGCAGUAUAUUUGAAUUAGGAAAAUAGUUUGGAGUACCCAUUAUUACCAAGGGAAAGUCACAAGUUGGUACCUGGCACACAAUAAACACUGCGUCUGUUGUAACAUCUGUGCUUUAUUUGGGCAAAUGUUAUUCUCCUUUAACCUUUGACUCUAGGAAAUACUUUUACUUGCGCUGAUCCUAGCACAAAAAAAUAUUUUUCACAUUAUUUUCUAUUUAAUAACACUUGAGAUUAACCCAGGGGCUAAUAAAGCUGGAUACCUAGCCCUUUUUCUGAAACAUGGUCUCACUAAAUUACUCAGUCGGGUCUCAAACUUGAGAUUCUCUUACCUAAGCCUUCUGGGUAGCUGAGCUUAACAGACUUGUGCCACCAUCCCUAGCUCAUUUUCCAUAUUUUUAUCUUAAGGUCUCUCCUGUGGCCACUUUUCCAAUCAGAUGAUUUCAGUGAUCUGGAGCUGUGUGUCUUACAAGCAUAUACUCCCCCACUGACAUUAUAUUACUAAGAUUUCUAUAGUGAUAUGUAUGACUAUAAAAUAGUUCAGUUUGAUGUGUCAGUUACUAUGCUUGGUUCUGUAUACUCCCUUUAUUCAGUGUACAUGACAAAAGGGAAAGAAAGUUUAAGAUUUCUUUUUACCAGAGGCCAGUUACUGACUGAGCUGGAAUUCAAACAAUGCUUUCAUUCUUUAGAAGUCAAUGUUAUUGCCUCUUGUGAAAUGACCUCAAUAAGCUUGCAAAUUCUUUUAACAGCAUCUUACCUUCUGAUUUAGGGAGUUACAGAGGCCAGAGUAGUUUGCUGAAGAGUUAGAGCACAUGGACUUAAAGUGGCCUCUUAAAAUCAGCUGUAAUGAAAAAGUAUCUAGUAUCUUUAAGACCUUGAAAGCACAGAAAUAUCUGUGAAUGGUAUACCAAAAGCGACUCCUUUGGCUUUUUCACUAUGAUCCUUUAUGACCAAAGACAGUAAUCUGCAGUAAACAUUUCUUAGUACCAAAACUAUUAUUGCCAGAUUCUACUGAUAUACUGGGUUAACUAAAAACCUUUUGUAAAAGGUUUAAACAUCAUCUCUAAUUAAUGUAAAGCAGCAUAAUUUCAUUCUAGAAGUCUUAUCUUAUUUUUAGUUUACUUGCUAUUUAAAUUUUUUAAGCAACUUAUUUUAACCAUAGAUUAUUAAGCAGAUACGUAAGUAAGGCUUCUACAAAGUGCGCUUAUAAAAUGCACAAUAUGCAAAGGAUGAAGUUUGUUCUUUACUCCUCAUGGGACAAAACUAAAACUAUUGGUAGGUAGUGUCCUUAAUUUAAAUCUCCUAAUUGCAUAAUGGCAACAAAGUAAAUGUAGGCUCACAAGUACUAUUAAUUGUUGGAAUCUCCCAAAUGCACAUGUUGUUUCACUUCUAGAAAUAAAAUUUAGAUAAAACUCCUUAUUAUUAAUAAGCUUUAUUUGAGUUAAAGAUAGAAAACAAUAUAGAUCUGCAAUUUAUUCAAUUAUCACAAUCUGCAAUGGAUUACAGUAAUUAUAUAUUUCACAGUACCUUUUUAGACAUUUUAUAUAUAAGGAAUAAAGCUAAUUUAUGAAAUUUAGCAAUAAUCAGAAAAUAUUCUUCAAAAGAAUUCAGGUUUAUAUAAAGCUCAUAAUUGCUAAGCUAUAUAUGUGGGGGAGCAUGAACCUAUGUCAUUAAAAAAAAAUAAGCUUAUUUGUAAAAAGGUGCUAUAUAAGAAGGUACGC